CCUACUAUGCAUAAUGUAUUGGGGGGACAACAGGACAGAAAGAAUAUAAAGUUCCUGACUCCUGGCGGGCGGGCCGGUGGCGCGGGGCCUGGCGGGAGGGGCGGCCCUCCCCGGUGCCCAGCCCCGGAAUCCCCGCCGAGCCAGCGCUCCGAUCCUGAGCCUGCCGAAGUGUCGAAGUGUCGCCGCCACCGCCACCACCACCACCACCACCACCACCCGCCAUCCACAGUCAUGCCGAAGCACGAGUUCUCUGUGGACAUGACCUGUGAAGGAUGCUCUAACGCGGUCAGUCGGGUGCUCAACAAGCUGGGAGGAGUUGAGUUUGACACUGACCUGCCCAACAAGAAGGUCUCCAUCAACUCUGAGCACAGCGUGGACAUUCUACUGGGGACCCAGGAGAAAACAGGAAAGGCCGUUUCCUACCUCGGCCCCAAGUAGUGAGGGCCUGGACCCCUGAGCCCAUGAUGGACCAAAGGGAGCAGGAUGCUGAUCCUCUCCUGCCUUCUAGAGAGACCUGGGGCCUGGCAGUCCCGCUCAGUGAUGGCAGUUCCUGACAGAGACCCUCA